AUGAUGCAAGAUUCCAAGAGCAAAAAACGCAAAAGAGGGAGUAAAGAGAAACAGGUACCUGAAACCGAGAUACAAGAAGAAAUGUCAGAGGAUGCCAUAAGGCAAAAGAUCAAAGAAUUUAACAUUCAACUAGAUCAGAAUCAAAAUGAUGUUAACUUAUGGCUUGAAUUUAUUGCAUUUCAAGAUAAAAGCUUACAAUUUGGAAAAAAUAAAAAGACUGAUUCUUCUAUAACAAGAUCAAGCAUCAAUGAAGUUAAACUUAGCAUCUUUGAGAAAGCCUUGGAGGCAAAUCCAAAUGAUACAGCUCUUCUUAUUGCUUACAUGAAAUGCUGUGAAGAGCAUUGGGAUAUACUAAAGUUACUUACGAAAUGGGAUCAAGUUCUCAAAGAGAAUUCUAGAAAUAUUAAUCUUUGGAUGAAAUAUCUUGAUUUUCGGCAAACAAAUCUUGUUUCUUUUACGGUUAGUCAAUGCAUUCAAGUCUUUGAAGAUUGUUUGCAUUUGCUUCGAAAGGAAUUCGUAGUAUGUGUAGACAGCGAUGAAAAACUUAAAAUUGAGCGGAUAAUGAUACAUAUCUUCCAACGAGCUUGUUUUUUUAUGUUACAAUCAGGUUACAGUGAAAGGGCAUAUGCAUGUUGGCAAGCAAUGAUAGAACUUACGUUUUUUGCCCCCAAGAAAAUACAACAAAAAGAUUUCUACGAUCGUGUAGUUGCUUUUGAAAACUUCUGGGAAGCAGAAUUGCCUCGUUUUGGCGAAGAUGAUGCCAAAGGGUGGUCUUACUACUUUGAGCAAGGCAUUGAAAAUGUUGAAUCAUCUGCGGAUGCCUCUAAUCUUUUAGCGAAUUUAUCGUCAGAAGGUGAUAUGUACGAGAAAUGGGCUAAAGCCGAGAUUCUUUAUAACUCUCAAUUGCUCCCUACGCAUUCAAGUGAUGAUCCCAAUUUAGAGGAUCCUUACCGUGUCGUUUUAUUUGACGAUAUCCGCACGUUCUUGUUUGACUUAACGUCUCAUCAAUCACGUAUUGAGCUUAUAUAUGCUUGUCUUGCCUUUACUGGCUUGACAUAUAAUCCUGGAUAUUCAUCAUCGAAUCCAAUGAUUACAGACACGUUCUUAUACAAUAAACUUUCAAAUGAAUCAAUUGAAAACGUCAGUUUUUGGUCUACGGACAGAUCUGUUACUCGUACAUUUAUAUUUCCAAUAAAAGCCUUCCCUCAGGAUGAUAUUACAUUGUUCAAUUCGCAAACUUGGUUCUCUAUUUGCAAUUAUGUUGAUAUAUUGGAUGUCAAUAUGAACUUUUCUAGGAAUGCUUUUUAUCAACUACGGCAGAUUGUAAACGAUACAGAGAUAAAACUAUGUCGUCUAUCACUUGAAUAUCUUUAUGACGCGUCAAGUGGACGGAAUCUUGCAAAGAACUUGCUCAAACGUGACGCUAUGAAUCUUUCACUUUGGAAUGGUUAUGCGCAAGUAGAAAAAUCUUCAAAUAAUAUUUCUGAGGCACGUAAGGUUUACUUGGGCGCUAUUACACAAUAUCGUACAUUUCCAGAACAGUACCGUUUUGUGGCACCACUAUUGCAUCGAUCGUUCGCUGAAAUGGAAAUAGAACAAGGCCGUCAAAAGACUGCAAUUAAUAUUCUCAUAAACUUGACUGAAGAACAGGGGACGAUAGAUUCGAUAUCCGAAUCAGAUGUCCCUAUCACAAAGUUACUUAAGGCCAGAAAGUAUUAUGCACAACAGAUAGCACGAAUAACAACACCUUCAACCUCACAGAUUGAAACACGUAAUUCACUACAUUAUUGUGUAUGUUAUGCAUUAUUAGAAUGUCUUAGUCAGAAUUUACAGCAAGCAAGCAAAGUAUUUGAAGACACGCUCCAUUAUCUGGAAAUUAGGAAUGAUAAUGUUAAUUUUGUAUCAGUAUCAGAUAAUGAACCUGGAAAAUUAUUACAAGAGGUCCUUUCAAGAGCAUUACGUAUAUUUCCAAACAAUACUAUAUUUUUAUCAUUGUAUUUUCAUGAAGAAGUUCGUGGGAGGAUACCCCAUGGAUUAAAUUCAAUUUUAAAUGAGGCUUUACAAAAGAAACCAAGCUAUAUUCUAUGGACUACUGCUAUAUAUAUGGAAUUACAUCACCAACAACCAUGCGAUAUUAAUCGUGUUCGAACAACAUUCGACAAAGCACUGAUGUGCUCCACCACAAGAAGUUCUAUAGCAUUAUGGAUUUUAUACAUAAACUUUGAAAUUAAAAAUGGAGAAAUGAGUAAAGCCAAGACUAUAUAUUAUAGAGCCAUAAGAGAAUGUCCAUGGUCAAAGGAUCUUUAUAUGGUUGCAUUUAAAAAAUUGCAUGCUCAAUUUUCAUCUGAUGAAUUAGAAGAACUUAUGAAUGUGUUUUUUGAAAAAGAGAUUAGGAUAAGAGUCCCAAUUGAACAUUUUGCUGAUAAAGUAUCUGAAUUUUUAUUUAAAAAUUUUUAA